AUAUUGUUAAAAUCAAUAUUUAAUAACCAUGCAGCAACAACAGAUGAUGCAACGUGUUGGACCACCGCAACCGGGAACCCCUACCAGUUCGGCCCGCAACAUGUCUUUAUUUGAUAAACAAAAAUAUAUUGAAGAUUAUGAUUUCCCUUAUUGCGAUGAAUCGUCCAAAUAUGAAAAGGUGGCCAAAAUUGGCCAGGGAACAUUUGGUGAAGUAUUUAAGGCCAGAGAGAAAAAGUCAAACAAAAAGUUUGUGGCUAUGAAAAAAGUUUUAAUGGACAACGAAAAAGAAGGGUUUCCUAUAACUGCCUUGAGAGAAAUUAGAAUCCUACAACUUUUGAAACAUGAGAAUGUGGUAAAUCUUAUUGAAAUAUGCCGCACUAAGGCCACAGCUAACAAUGGUUAUCGUUCAACAUUUUAUUUGGUUUUUGAUUUUUGCGAACAUGAUUUGGCUGGUUUAUUGUCGAACAUGAAUGUCAAAUUCAGUUUGGGAGAGAUUAAAAAGGUCAUGCAACAACUUUUAAAUGGACUGUAUUAUAUACAUAGUAAUAAGAUUCUCCAUCGUGAUAUGAAAGCUGCCAACGUUUUAAUCACCAAACAUGGUGUGUUAAAAUUAGCCGAUUUCGGUUUGGCUCGUGCCUUUAGCAUACCAAAGAAUGAUGCCAAAAAUCGCUACACAAAUCGUGUUGUUACCCUUUGGUAUCGUCCACCAGAACUUUUGCUGGGUGAUCGCAACUAUGGUCCACCCGUCGAUAUGUGGGGUGCUGGUUGUAUCAUGGCUGAAAUGUGGACACGUUCACCCAUUAUGCAGGGCAACACAGAACAACAGCAGCUGAUUUUAAUAUCACAAUUAUGUGGUUCAUUCACACCCGAUGUUUGGCCAGGCGUAGAAGAGUUGGAAUUGUAUAAAUCCGUUGAAUUGCCUAAAAAUCAAAAGAGACGUGUUAAGGAACGUUUGAGGCCUUAUGUUAAAGAUCCCAAUGGCUGUGAUUUGUUGGACAAACUCUUGACCUUGGAUCCGAAGAAACGUAUUGAUGCCGACACUGCCCUGAAUCAUGAUUUCUUUUGGACCGACCCAAUGCCUUGUGAUUUGGGUAAAAUGUUGUCACAACAUUUGCAAAGUAUGUUUGAGUAUUUGGCUCAACCCAGGCGGACCAAUCAAAUGCGUAACUAUCAUCAGCAAAUGGCUACAAUGAAUCAAAAACCACCAGAUAAUACCAUGAUUGAUCGUGUAUGGUAAAUUCAAUAAUCAAAAGACUGUUUUUUGAUUUAAAUUUUCUUUUCGUAAAUGUAAUUUCUAUAGUAAUUUAGGGAGUUUGUUACUAAACAUGCACGUCUAUCUAAAAAAUUACUAAGUUUGAAAUUCUUUUAAGUUUUUUUUUUCUAAAUUUAAGAUACAAAUUAUUAUUUGCUUAGUUAUUAAGUUUAUUUGUCAAACUUUUUUUGUAUGAAAUAUAAAUAGGUUUGUAUUUGAAUACCACUAAAUAAAAUGUACUAUUAAUGUACGAAACAUUUAAUAUAA